AUGAAACAAGAAGGCAAUCAGGCUCCACAUGUUAAUUACAUCUCUAGGAAAUCAAAGGGUGUGCAUUUUUCUACUGAUGGAGAUGAUUCUGCAGAAGAAGUAAUCAAUGUAAAUUCCAAAAUCUUAUCCAAGAAAAGCAAUAUGUUUUUCAAGCUUUUCAAUGAAAUGAAGAGCGAACCAGAAGCACAAUCUCUAACUAUUCAAAUUGAAGCAUCUGAAGAAGAAGCCUUCAGUGGACUUCUGGAGUUCAUAUAUUUUUCCACUAUGUCGCCAUCCUCCUAUACAGAGAUUGUGAAUUUGCUGAUGAUCUCAGAUGAGUUCCAGGCAUUUUCAUGUGCUGAGGUCUGCAUCAGACUGCUGGAGAUGAAGAUUGAAUGGGCACUUUCUUGCUGCGAGCUUUCUGCUAGAGUGCAUGAACUUUAUCUAAGAGAAUUGCUAAUUAAGGUAGAAAAGGAGCAGAAAUCUAAGAUAUGCAGUGACAUAAUGAGCCACAAGGAUGAACUUCUUCAACUAUCCUUUGAUAAAAUUGAGGCACUCUUCUGCGUGGACACCCUCAAGGUGGAAUCAGAAGAUGUUGUUUAUGAUUUUAUACGAGCUUGGGCCCAGAAUCAUUAUCCAAAUACGGAGGACCGCUGCUCUGCUAAGGAAUUGCACCUUGAACGCCUCAUUCGCUUCCCUUACCUGACAUGGCAAAAACUGGAAGAGGCCCUACAGUGCGACAUUUUUGACCAAGAAUCCAUACUCAAGGCUGUUAACCAAGCCCUGGCUUUCAAGGUCAGGGGGCCAUACUGCCGCAGACUUGCCGUCGGAGGGUUUUCUAACAGCCAAUUUUUGAGCGGUGUUACGAGCGCACACCCGUAA